AACUCACUGAGAGCUCAACUUCCGCCAGAGUAACAGACAGUGCGACUGUAAAUCGUGCAGUAUGUCCGAGUCUCCAGAGUUUGAAGAACUGGAUCAGUUAUUUCAGGAGCAACUUUAUGCGAUUGAUCACAAUGGCAGCGACGCUUUUAACUACACGUAUGAGGAAGGUGCCAUGUGCAACGGAGAUAACACCUACUUCAGAAGUAUCUUCUUCCCGUGUGUGUACUCGCUCGUGUUCGUGCUGGGAAUCGUUGGGAAUGGCCUGGUCGUGGUCAUUAUGGGCUACCACCGAAGGUACCGCACGAUGACAGACAAAUACAGGCUGCACCUGUCCGUGGCCGAUCUGCUCUUCGUUCUGACCCUGCCGUUCUGGUCCAUCGAUGCCGGCCGCAACUGGUAUUUUGGAGACGCGCUGUGUAAGAUCGUUCACAUCAUCUAUACCGUGAACUUGUACAGCAGUGUUUUAAUUCUGGCUUUCAUAAGUCUGGACCGCUACUAUGCGGUCGUGCAUGCAACCAAUAGCACGGGACCACGGAAGAUGCUGGUUAAUCGCUUAGUUUAUGUGGGCGUCUGGUUACCAGCUAUUCUUCUCACCGUGCCCGAUAUGGUCUUCGCGAAAACUAGAAAUCUGAUCGAUAGGGUUGUGUGCGAGCGCAUUUACCCACAGGAAAGUUACCAGUCUUGGGUCAUCGCUUUCCGAAUCCAAGGGAUAGCGGUGGGAUUCGUCCUGCCCGGCCUGGUCAUCCUGACCUGCUACUGCAUUAUCAUCUCCAGACUUUCCCAUUCCACGGGCUUUCAGAAGCGCAAAGCCUUAAAAAUCACCAUCAUCCUGAUCGUCACUUUCUUCAUCUGCUGGUUGCCCUAUUACAUCGUGAUCUCCAUCGACACGGUGAUGCUCAUGAAAGGCAGCGAGUAUACGUGCGGCUUGGAGCAAAUUGUAAUAACUUCCAUGGCGAUCACUGAAGCCAUCGCCUUCUUUCACUGUUGUCUGAAUCCCAUUCUGUACGCUUUUGUCGGGGUAAACUUCAAAAGUUAUACCCGAAGAGUCUUCAGCCACUCCGAACACAGCAAGUGCUCUUCAAUGAAAAAACUCCAGGGAAGAGACAGAAGAGGGGCUCACCCAUCAGUUUCUACCGAGUCAGAAUCAUCCAGUCUUCAGUCCAGUUGCUAGAUUAUUUGGUGUAAAGUCAACGAACGCUACAUUAAUUCGAAGUCUUUUUUGUGUCAAUGUUUUAAUAUCUUUGAAUUAUUUUAGUGUCGCAGUUGCUAUUUAUACAAAUGGUUAUUUAUGUCUCCAAAAUGGUUUUACCUUUCUUAUAAAUACAUUUUAUACUAUUUUGUUUCAUUGCGUUUUUGCUCACUUUUCCAUGUUUUUAAAAAGAGUGAAACCUUACGUGUGAAGCUGUUUUAUCACCAGUGUAAAUAAAGCCUGUCAUUGUGUAAUAUCGUUGCCUUAUUUUGCUUCAUGGGGUUGUAAACUGUUGAAAUUAUGUUGUAACUGAGGUCUAGUGGGUUGCUUGUAAUCUGCGUACUACUGUUUUGAUGCCUUGGUCAAGAUAAUUUGGAUCUGUCUCAGAGCUCUCUGAAAAUGAAUCUGAGAUACUUAUGCAGAUAAUGUAAAUAAAUGCUUUAUAUAAAAUUU